AUGCUCGUCCGUAUUCCCCGCCUGGCCACGAGGGCCUCUCUCGCCUCUAGGUGCUCUAUCAUCUCCUCAAGAGCCCUCUCAACCCAGAACCCGUCCACCCCUACCCCUGAAAUAUUCUCAUCCAAAGCCACCCCUCGUGAAACUCUCCACAGGCCCGAGGCUUUUCGUGGUAUGCCUUCUUCAGGCAGGACCGUCGAUCCUAAUGGAGCCUUUGAUUCCAACAACCCUCACAAGGGCAAGAUCUUUAUGGGAGUGGACCCGAAGAGCAAGGAGGAGGUAUAUGAAGCGUUCAAUGGGCCCAGUAAGCCCAGGCUGAUUUACGAGAGGCCUGGCGGAAGAGAUCUGCCAAAGGCAAAGAGCGUGGUUCCAUUCGUCGUCGCUCUUGGCCUCCUCGGACUCGGCUGGGGUCUCUUCAUCUUGCACGCUACCAACACUGGCAAGUCUUGCGUAUUCAAUGCGCUACCCGGGACUAACGCAAUUGCAGAGCGACUCUCGUCUUCUGUAUUGAGACAGGUGACAUUCCAGAUGAGGAACUCUCCCGAUGUCAUGUCAGUGCUGGGUGAUAACGUCAAGCUGGUCGAGGAAUGGUGGGCUUUGGGAUCGCCUUGGAUUUCUGGAACUAUCAACCUGAUGCAAGGCCGAGUUGACCUGAGCGCUAGACUGAAGGGUGAAAGGCAGGCCGGCACUGUCUACUUCACAUCCAUCAGACCGCAAUCGCAGGGCGCCUGGAGAAUAGGCACGUUCUUGUUCCAUGCUGGGCCGAGAAAAGCUAACCUCGAGAGCAGUGAGAUACAAGACCAGAACGCUGCCAUCAAGAUGUAA